AUGAGGAUCUCAAGCUAUCUCUCCCUUGGGAGUUUCGUACCAACCGUCCUUGCUCAAAGCAUGGUCACCAACACCAUGAAUUCUACAACUAGUAUCAAAGAGUACUGCAUGACCACAUUGGCAAGCACAAGCCAGCAUAUCAUUCCCAAGGUCAUCAUCAGCGAAGUGCUGGCUCCCGAAUUCGUCGAGCUUAGCGGCUACACUAGCACCCCAGUCUCGACGAAGACGGAUCGCAGGCUAUUGCACACCGCCAACAAGACUAUUGACCGUCUUACGACUGUAGUGACAACUGAUUUGAAGCCGACGGACACGUACAUCUCAACAGAGACGCUCAUAAAGACGACAACUGAGAGCACCGUCACGUACAUAAAUGCUACAUCUACGUUAGACGACACUACAACGUCGAUCGCGACUAUCAUCGUCCCAACGCCCGACAACUUUGAAAACAUACAGCACUCCUCAAAUGACACAACCCUGGGCCAUGCAAUUCCCCUCAAUCAGUCUCUCGAAGCCAAACCAGAAUCGUUCCCUCAGAAAUCAUUCCCUUCAGGAGGGCAGAACGGGAGCGACUUGAUCUUCCCCGAUGCGAUUACAUGCCGCUCUUACCAUCGUAUCUACUACACCCUCGGCAUCACCUCCGUCGUCCCCACAUCCACGACAACCGUCCACCUCCCCAACGCCAAAACGACCACCUCCACAAUCACAAACCUGGAUACUACAACCUCUACCAUCGCGCUCAAUGCCCGUGUCACUGAGACGACAACACAAACCCUCACUGUUGCUACUGCAGUCGCAUCCUCCACCGUCACCGUCGAACCAACCUUGCUCAUCGAGCGCAAGCAAACAACAACCAUCAAAGAGGCCUGCCGUCCCACCAACGUCCUUGGCCCCCAGCUCAACAACACCAGUCUCCUCACUAACGACUACCUCUUCCACAACGACACGACGAAAGUCACUGUUGGCGGGGCGGACGACCCGUACGAGUGCUGCGUCGUCUGCUAUCAGUCUGAAGGGUGCGAAUACUCGCGGUUCAGCUCGAAGGAGAAGCUGUGCCAGAAUUAUAUCAAGGCGGAUAGUAGGACGUGCGAUAACAGAGCCUACGUCGGGGUUUUCUUUAGGACGGAGUCGCUGGAUUUUGACCAGGACGAUGUUUUUCCCAGCUACUACUCGAAUGGGCCGUGUGGGGUUUUGGCUGAUGGGGGGCAUGAAUGA